AUGAUGUCACUCGCGAGGACGACGUCGACGGCGUCGAGACCGCAGGAGGCGGAUUUAUUCGCCAAGUACGCGCUGAGCCAUUGCGAAGCCGUCGCGAGAGCGGUCGGGGAGAGCGACGACGACGACGGCUUGGACGCGAGGGCGAUGAUUUAUCUCCGAGGACCGACGCAAGGCUCGUCAAAGAUGCGUUUGACUCGAAUCGCGUCGUGGCCGCCCAAGCCAUCGAACGCGCAGACUGGGUCAAACUUUUCUGGAGACUGGGACGUGACGGAGGAGGAAGAGGCGAGCGCCAUUGACUGGGACGCGCCGGAGGAAACUUUAGCGGCGCAGAAGACGUUCGAAUUACCCUCGGCGAACGCCGUUGUGGCGUGCUUAUGCUUUGAGGAAUCACUCGUCGGGAUAAUCGUCGUCGAGCGUACUUCGCGCGCGGCGGACGUCGCGGAAGCGUUCUCGUCGAAACAAAAACAGUUCUUGGAGAGCGCGGCGAACGCCUUCACCGACGCGUGGGCCAUUCAUCGGAAUAACGUCCUCGCCGCCGCGGCGGCAUAUCGUGCGGACCAAAAACUCGGUGUUUACCUGUACGAGAGUCGUCAACCGCUCAACGCGUUGCGCACGCUCGGCGGCAUGCUCAAGAUUCAUUUGAAGCCCGACGAUCCGGCUGGCGACAUGGCGGAGGCCAUGGUACAGCAAGGCGACGCGCUCGCCGAGCUCAGUCGUCAGUUAGAGAGCGUACUCUACCCGAACGCAACGACGAAAAUUGAGGGGGUAUCAUAUCGCGGCGGAGGCGCGCAGCAAAGUGAACGAAAACGAGAGCCGCUGUUGCUCACCGAUGACAACGCGCUGAGCGCACGAGAAGUUUCCGUCGGCGCGAUGAAGGACGACAUGUGCGACAUCACUAAGGUUCUAGUCACGCUACUGGCCACCUCGGACGUCGUCGCGACGAGCGGUGGCUUGACGGUUCGUGCGACGCUCCCGGAAGGAGACGCACCCGCCAUCGUGAGCGCGUCUCCAUUGGACGUGCGAUCCGCGCUCGCAGAGAUCAUCGACGUCGCGCUCGUCGUCUCCCCACCAGGAUCGACUAUUGACGUGCUCGUUGACGAUUCACCGCGGGCACAAACGAACGUCGUGGACGUCGCGCUCAACGUGGAUGCGUCCAACGUGUCUGGCUUUGUGCGCGCAGAGGAAAACGCGCAGGCGGGGAUGCGCAUCGCGAGGCGGCUCGUCGAAAAAGUCGGUGGGCGCUUCGCGGUCGACAACGACGAGAGUGGAAACUAUCUCACGAUUCGAGUGCGAUAUCCGGUUCGUUUACCGGUAUAG